AUGGCUUUCCAGGAAAAGAAAUUGACAAUCACUUUGAACAGAAACAAGAGGAAGCAUCAAAUCUCGCACAACAACAGAGCCAGCAUCUUGGAUGCCAUUAAAUCACAUACACUUGCCAGCAAGGAAAUAGCAAAGCAACAAGCCAAGGAGAUGUUGGUUGAGGGGACAAUGGGAACUGAGAAAGGGUAUGUUAACCUGGGUAUGCCUCUCCACUGCGUGCCUGAGAAAUCUCACUUUGAUAUUGUAUUUGCCAGACAUAAGAGUCAGAGAAAAGAUGGCAGUGAGUGUGUGGGACGUUAUGACAGCAACACUGGAGACUGCAUCAAAUUCUAUGUUUUUACCAUUGGGAAAAGUGUAAAGAAGAUUGUGAAGUGUCUUGAUCUUCACAAAGAUGGAUGUAAAUUCUGUGUUUAUGCCUUCAAAGGAGAAACCAUAAAGAAAGCCUUGAUCAAAGAUGGCAGAUUUCUUCCUUUACUGGAAACCAGAGAGUGGAAUCUGAUAGAAAAUGUUGAUUCUGUUUUAGAAAACACUCAAAGAGUGGAUGACUUAGAGGACAGACGUUUUGAGGUAGAGGUCAAAAAAAGGAGAUCAUAUAGCAUGUCAGCCAGAGCUUCUCAUAGCUGUGAGGUGGAGCAAAGGCAAAGCUGUGAGUUAGAAAGGCACAUUUUGGAUCAAUAUCCCAGUUUGACAAAGAAAUGCAGACAAAUCAGUAUCAUUUCUGAUCGAGAGAGUAAGGAAAAGAGGAAGAAAAUCAGGACCCUAUUUAACAUGCAUAGAAAGAACUUUUGGAAACUAAGCUCAACUUCCAUCCCAGUUAAAGUAAUUAAAUUUCUGAGUAAUCUCAGUAACUCUGUGGGAUACAUAUUCUGGAACAACAAUGGAAACCAUGGAGGAGCCACUUGUUUUGUCUUGAAGAAUCACUACAUUCUUACUUGUAGUCAUGUCGUGAACUUCAUAGUAGGUGCAGAGGUGGAACUGGAGGAGGCAGCACAAGUGAUCAGUGGCUCUGCUUGGGUGACCUUCUCUUUUGAAGAUACGUAUAGAAGCCAAGACAAGGAGUGGUUCAUUGAGCCUUGGUUUGAAGUGUUUGAUAAAUCCCUGGAUUAUGCAGUGUUGAAACUGAAGGAGAAUGGCUCUCCCAUUCCCAUGAGUCUAUGGGACCAAAUUGCUCCUCCACCAAAGAAUAGCAUCCUGCAUAUCAUUGGUUACCCAGGCCAACAGGAAAAAUCAGCUAAUAAUUGUGUCAUGAUUCCCCAACUACUUCGGAAACAGGUGUGUCAAGACCACAUCCAGGCCAGUGUGGAAAGUAACUCUGUCUUCAUGUUUUCACCAAGAAGUUUCCAGAAGGGUUUUAAGAACCAGAAGCUAAUCACCUAUGAAACCUGUUUCAUCCAAGGGUCUUCUGGCUCCCCUGUCUUCAGUGCAAAUGGGGAGCUAGUUGCCAUGCAUACUGCAAGUUUUAUAUAUGACCACAAAGGAAUAAAUUAUAGCAUCAUUGAGUUUGGGCAUUCUAUGAAGGCUAUUGCUUGGGAUAUUAAGCAUCAACAUGAGACCUUCUAUAGCUCCCAUUUCUUAAGUCAAGAUGAUGUUGAAAUGGUGAGUGACGAUGAGUGA